AAAUAUGUUUCAGAAGACGCCAUUAAUUUCUAGAAACAUGAAGGUGCUUUCUGUAAUUGCGUUAGGCGUUUUCGCGCUAAGUGUGAUUGCUUUCAGAAAUGUAGCAACACUUCCAAAACUUAAAUCUACUGCAGCGGCUCCUUUCGACUGGCAACAAUUUCUUCCACAAGCCCAGAAACGAGCUGCUGCUUACCCUGGAGAUGACCCAAGUUCGGCAGGAGACAUUAACUCCGUUUACAGCGCAGUUCCCUCCAAACUUGCCACUAAUCCUAUGAGCCCAUUCCUGUCUUUAAAACCAUUCCUUCCAGUAAAACCAACAAUUGUAUCCCCAUUCGUUGAUCCCAACAUCUUCAUUGGAAAGAAAGCUGCACUUCUGAACAACCUCUUUGGUUCUGGGAUUGCUCCUGCUCCUGCAGGUAUGCCAUUUUUCUUUCCUCCUUGGAUAUCAGGAGGGGUCAUAUCACCUCCUGGUUUCUUUGCUGAGAAGAAAACACUUUUGGGUACAGCAGUGGAUAGUGAUGCAUCAUCCUCUUCUCUAGAUUCCAAGAGAGCACUCACAGAGCCUGAACCAGAACACGAAGCAACUGUCUCAGCUCAGCCCCGUCUUGUAAUUGGACCACCCUCAAUUUGGGGGCCUCCUGCUGCUGUAACUCCUACUGUGAAGCCAACAAUUGUACCCCCUGGGUACUGGAGUCCAUUUGCAGAUGGUUCAUCAGCAGCUGGACCAGUGCCUCCAGUUGUAGACCCAUCUGUUUUCUUGGAUAAGAAGACAAAGUUCCUCAGUGAACUGUUUAACAGCCUUAGUGCAACCCCAAGUACAUCUGAAGUGUCAGCAAGAGCUAUAGCUACUGAUGAGUCUACAACAGAUCCCUUGCAAGCUGUUCCCCCAAAUUUCUGGCUCCAGUUCAUCCCUGCUUUUGCUACACCUCCACCAGCCCCCACUGUGAAACCUACUAUUGUUCCGCCUGGGUUCUGGGUACCUUCAGUUGUUACCAAACCAGCUGGUUUCUUUGGUCCUUCAGUUCCUGUUGUGGAUCCAGCACAAUUUAUUGACAAGAAAACAGCUUUCCUCAAAACCCUUUUCAGCACCCUCAAUAUCACAGUUACACCUGCCCCAGUAACAACUCCAGAACCUACCCUUGACCCUGUCAUAGAGUAUGAACAGAAGGUAGCUGAAUUCCUGGACAAACUCUUUACUGCGAUCAUCAAUAAUGAUAGUGCUGGUGCUACAGCAAAGCGGGAUUUGGCAGGUGCUGAUGAAACGGCAGCCAAAGGAGAGAAAAACUUUCUAGGAAAAGAAAAUGAAGUCUAUGACAGUACUAGAAAUGCAAAGAGUAAAACUGAUGCUCAAGCAACAGAUGAAACUGGCGAUUUUACACGAAGGAGUGUUGACACAGCCAAUGACACUUCAUCCGUUGGUGCUCAACAACUUCCAGUAGAUGCACUUCUCAGUGCCAAGGAUAAAGUUGUAGACACCAUCAUAGCAGAGAUGGGUGGAAUCAAGAACAAUAUUCUGGCUACUUUGGCUGAACUAAUAACAAAACAGAAGGAAGCAGCUGCAACACCUCCACCAACCCCUGCGCCAAAGAAGAAGCCUGGUCCAUCAUUUGGUCCUGGUGGGCCAUUUGGUUUUGGAGGGCCAUUUUCACCAUGGGCUAAAGUUGCUCUUACAACUACUACACCAAAACCAACCCCAGAUCCUGAACCAUUCCAAAAGAAAGUUGAAUUUCUCAGCCAAGUGUUCGACACGCUUACAAAGUUGGAGAAAGACGUUACAGAGGCACUGAGUCAGGCUGUUAGUGAAGCAGCAGCUGCAGCUACAACCACAACUACUUCUAUUCCAACUACACCAGAAACUAAACCCAUAGUGCCCACUUCACAGGUCACGAAUGGCACAAAACUCAUAGACCUUAUCAGAAGUAAACUUAUUGAACUUGCCAACUCCUCCGCACACAGCCAGACUUCUGAACAAGGCUCUCUGAUGCAACAAGUUCCAAAAUAUGCUCGGGCUAUCAAACCGACGCUGACUGAACCUGUACCCACCAUAGUAGAUCCAUCUUUCUGGAUACCUGAUACUGCUGCUGGUGCUGUGGUUGGUCCUGACUACUACAUAGGGAAGACACAGUCAUUCCUGAGCAAGCUGUUUGCAAGCAAGGCAGCAAAGACUGGAGAUGAUGAUCAGGCAUCCACAGACAACAAGGCAAGAAGCAUCAAGAUGGCAGUACACCAGGGGUACCAGAGUCUCCCCCCGGGUUCAGAGGAACUCCUCCAGGCUGGAGGUGGUACCACACCCCAGAAACACGAAGGAGGGGGCCUCAAGCUACAGGCAGACAUCCCCAACAUCAAAACAAGUAGUAAUGAGUGGCAAUCAGACAGCCGCCACCACCACAACCACCAUAACAGAGACUAAGGGAAGAUGAAUUUUUGUUAACAUGGGAAUAAGUAAGAGAUAGCAGUAUCAAUGUCUGCAGCAAUAGAAAAAAAAUGAUGUUUCAGAAUGUCUACCAUUAAGUUUGAAAUGUCAAGAACAGUCAGUUUUAAGUUCUCACAUUUUGUACCAGACACUACUGUUUUUGAACACAAUGUCCAUAGAAUACAAAUGUGCUAACCAACAAAAGGUCCUCGAUGGAAGUCCGGGAAACUGGCACAGAGGAGCUGUAAUGAGCAUUAUGGUUUCAUUUACCCCUAUGACUGCUAACCUGUGCUUAUGAAUAAUUACUAUAUGCAAUAUCUAGUUCACUUUUGGUGUUAUGUAAUCACUUACUGAAAUUUAAGAUAAUGAUAAUUAUUUUAAAAAAUGUGUUAUAAAUAAAAGUCACAAUUUUCUAGAGUAUGUCUAAUACAACCUACUGUCAUCUGUAAGCUCUGAAAGAUUUGAGGAGAUUCCACCAGGCUGCAGUGAAAUUUUCAAGUUCUGUUCAUGUCAAAAACUUGCUCAUGGUCCAAUAUUAUUUUCAAAAUAAGCAUACAAUUUAUGUAUUAUUUCCUUGCUACUUAGACAGUUCCUAGUCUUGUAGGUUUUAUCUCUGUAGUUGUUACUGAAGUGGUACAGUUUCUGAGGAGGGAAAAAUUGAAAGAUUAGUUACGGAAGCAAAGUAGAGAGCUGGGAUAGCUCAUUUGGCAUAGCAACAUGCUAUGGGCUGAAUGGCCGGGGUUCAAUUCCAAGCAGAGGCAAGAAAUUUUUCUGUACACCACAGCAUCCAGACCAGCCAUGAGGCCCACCCAACCUUGACCACUCAUUUCCACCAGGUGCUGAGAUAAAAAAUAAUGGAGUUAUACCUCCGCUCCUACACACAUUGUCAUGGUGUGGCAUUUCAUUAAUUACACACAGGGACAACUUUGCCUUUUCAGAAGUGAAGUACAUCCCGUUCUACAAUUUGUUCUUGAAAAGUAACACAGGUAUGGUAAAGGUAAAAUUCUCCCUGUGCUUAAGUGAUUAAACACCACACCAUGAAGAUGUAUGGGGGAGCAGAGGUAUUGCUCCACCAUUCUAGAUCUUGAAACUAGAUGGAGGUGAGUGUCCAGCUUCAAGCCCAUCCACUUAACACCAGGUAAACAGCCCUUUGUACCUGUUGGAUAGAAAGUUGGGUGGGCCCCAUGGCCAGUCUGGAUGCUGUGGAGUAGAGGAAAAUCUCUUGUCCCUGUUGGGAAUCGAACCCUGGUCAUCAAAAGUGUAGUCCACCGCUGUACCCACUGAGCUAUCCCAGCACCAAAGGAGAUAAAUUAGCUAUCUUAAAAUCUAAAAACAAUUUUGAACUAGCUACUUUUGUUUCCGUAGAAAUUCUUAAUAUGUUCCAGCAUACUUCCCAUAAAACUGAACUUUCUUUGUACUUAAUGCUGUAAAUCUCUUAAGAAAGUUAUAUGAGCUUCCAAGAGAAUUUUAUCAUAGUACACUUUCACUUUUGGUCAAAUCCCUGUCACAGAGACUUCUGCAAUCAGUAUAAUCAUUAUUCUGCAAGACUGCAGUUUGCAGAAAUGCCUUCCAACCGUAAAUGUCUGGUACAAUGAGGCAACAAACCAUGCCUCUUGACAUGAUAAUAAUGACAGCAGGUUCUAAUGAUUCCUAAAGCAAAAUAUGUAUUAGUAUUCAAAUUUACAUAACUUAAUUCACAGCUAAUAUGAUAAUGUGUAAGUUUUAAUUAGGUAAGUAAUCUUUCUUCCCUUAAUGUUGCCUGCAGAAGCAUUAUAUAAUUUAGAAUUAGAUAAGUAUUGGUUAAUAAACUGAUGUUAAAGAGCACUGAU